AUGGCGCCUUACAAGCAGAGCACCAAGUCCGAGGGCCGGCUUCCUGAUAUCCCGAAGGCCAACAAUGACGCAAAGAUAAAGAAGAACACUUCAGCUAGGAAGAACACUUCGGCCAAGGAGCACAAGAGUCCUAAGAAAGGUGUCAAGGUCGCCGGUCGCCCAAAGAAACGGGCAUUAAUUCAAUGGCGCAGAGAAGACCCCUUGCUUGUGAUGACGCUCUGGACUCAGUGGUGGUGUGCCAAAAAACACAACAAACUGCCCUGGGAUGAGAUCAUCCCCCAAUGCUUCACUGGAGUUACCCCGACAGCAUUCACCCAGUUCCUGGCCCGAGAGCGCAAGCGUGUUCUCAAGGCGGGUUGGUGUGUUCCUCCCCUCCCUAGCCAGGCCAAGAGCUUGAAAGAGGACAAGGAUAUCCGCGGCUAUAUCAAUGCACCGACCCCUCAGAACGAAGAUGCUUUGAAGACCAACGCAGCAGGUGAUGGAGACUCGGAUGAAGGUGAGAUUGAUGACGCAAUUGCGGAGGACCAGGAGGAUGAGAUUGAAUCGGAUUACGAUGAAACCCUCAAUAAGGAGGGAGAGUCCUCAAACGAUCCCAUUCACCAGGCCUCUCACCAGGCUCCUUCCCAGUUGGGCCAUCAUCUACACAACAACGAAGCUCAGCUGAUGAACCAUAUUCACGAGCACGCCCUUGUUCAACAGAACGGUCAAGGUUUGCCUAUUCUACAGGCUCAGCAGAUCAGCCAGGCCCUAGAACAUGCCGAUGACGACAUCCAGCUCCAGCAGCAGCCAUACCACCAGACGCAGUACCCGAACCAGCACAGUCAGAUGCAGCAGACCGAGCAGGAAUGGCAGGUACUCCAGUCUCACCUACAGUCUCAGCACCAUACCGGAGGUAACAAUAUUCACCUAUCUGAGCAAGAGCUUCAAGCCUGGAAGAAUGAAGCACCUGAGAACGAAGCACGAGCUUAUGUCGAGGGCCUCGCUCCCGAGGCAUUCCACCUUUCUCAGAUGCCUGAUAACCCAAAUGAUGUCUCUUAUCCGAUGUCUGGCAUUCAUCGCAUGGUCCCGGUCUACUCGAGCAAUGGCUACACGACUUUUGCCACCCCAUUGAAUCUCAACUUGUACGGCAAUCUCAAUGGCCUAAAUGGCCAGGAAGCUGGUAUUCCUACCCAGCCCUUCGAAAACAACCCCCGGAUGAAUCUGCAUUCCGGCACUCCGUCUCUCAAUGUGUCGCCCACUGGCGGCUCUCAUCGGCAGGAUGCUGUCAAUGAUCAUGCCACAGCUGUUGACUCCACCCCCAACGGAGACAAUGAGGGAUUUGGCUUGGGCGAGGUCAAUUUGGCGGCAUUUGAUACUAACGUAUUUUACUAA